AUGGUUACUUCCAGUCUCCCAUCAGACCACAGCACAGUCAAACUAUCUUCAGAGAGAUCAGAGUCCGUGUCACCUUUAUUGGUUAUGCUCUCGUCAACUUUUGGUACUAGGAAAGACAGCAGAAGAUUCUUAAUAUCAACAAUAGAGUCCAGUGUGACAUCAGAACAAAGCACAUUGACCGGAUCUUCAGCAAAAUCAUCGGCAGUAUCACCAUCGUCAGUUGCAUUGUUGUCCACUGUUUACGUUAGCAGAGAGAGCAGCAGGAGAUUUUCGUCAGCAGUUUUAGUCUCCAGUGUGGCAUCAAAGGAAAGCACAGGUGGGCAGUGUUUGGAAAGCUCAUUGGUGUUGUCACCAUUAUCGGCGACAGUAUUGUCGACUGAUAUUAUGAUUAGGGAAAGCAGGCGAUCGUUAUCACCAACAAUACUGUCCAUUUUGAAAUCGGAGGGCAGUACAGUUGAGCUGUCUUCAGAGAGGUCCUCAGUAGAAGGAGCAGGGUCGGUAGUGAAAUCCUCAAGUUUUGAUGUUAGCAGUGGAAUCAGUGUAUCACCAUCCUCGAUAAUAGUCUCCAGUAGAACUUCAGAGGAAGGGACAGUUAAACUGUCAUCAGCAGAAAAGUCAGUUUUGCUAUCACAUUCGUUGGAAACAUCUUCGCCUACUUUGAGUGUGAGCAGAGAAAGUAGCAGCUCGUCAUCUUUAACGGUUAGUUCUAGUGUGUCAUCCGACCACAGAACGAUCAAACUAACUUCAGGGAGAUCAGCGUCUCUUUCACCCUCAUUGGUUGUGCUCUCGUCCUCUGUCUCUGGUAGCAGAGACGGCAGCAGAUCCUUGUUAUCAACAAUAAAGUCCAGCGUGGUAUCAGAACAAAGCUCAUUGAGAGGAUCAUCGGAAAGUUCACUGGCAGUAUUAGAAUCGUCAGCUGUGUUAUUGUCGACUGUUGGUGUUAGCAGAGAGAGCAGCAGGAGAUCGUCAGCAGCAGUGUUAGUCUCCAGUAUGGAAUCAAAGCAAAGGACCGGUGGGCAGUCUUUGGAAAGGUCACUGCUGCUGUCAUUAUCAUCGGUGGCAGUAUUGUGGACUGAUGUUACUAUGAGGGAAAGCAGGACAUCGUUAUCAUUAACAACACUGUCCAGUUUGACAUCAGAGGACAGUACAGUUCAGCUGUCUUCGGAGAGGUCAUUGGUGCAUGGAGCAUCGUCGGUACUGAAAUCCUCGACUUCUGGUGUUAGGAGUGGAAUCAGUGUGUCUUUAUCCUCGAUAAUAGUCUCAAGUAGAACCUCGGAGAAAAGGACAGUUGAACUACCAUCAGCAGAAAACAGUGGAAUCAGUGUAUCACCAUCCUCGAUAAUAGUCUCCAGUAGAACUUCAGAGCAAAGGACAGUUAAACUGUCAUCAGCAGAAAAGGCAGUUUUGCUAUCACCUUCGUUGGAAGCAUCCUCGCCUACUUUGAGUGUGAGCAGAGAAAGCAGCAGUUCGUCAUAUUUAACGGUUAGUUCUAGUGUGUCAUCGGACCACAGAACGGUCAAACUAACUUCAGGGAGAUCAGAGUCUCUUUCACCCUCAUUGGUUGUGCUCUCGUCCUCUGUGUCUGGUAGCAGAGACAGCAGCAGAUCCUUGUUAUCAACAAUAAAGUCCAGCGUGGUAUCAGAACAAAGCUCAUUGAGAGGAUCUUCGGAAAGUUCACUGGCAGUAUUAGAAUCGUCAGUUGUGUUAUUGUCGACUGUUGGUGUUAGCAGAGAGAGCAGCAGGAGAUCGUCAGCAGCAGGUUUAGUCUCCAGUAUGGGAUCAAAGGAAAGGACCGGUGGGCAGUCUUUGGAAAGGUCACUGCUGCUGUCACCAUCAUCGGUGGCAGUAUUGUCGACUGAUUUUAUUAGAAGUGAAAGUAGUAAAUUGUUAUCUCCAAUUAUGGUGUUGAGUUUGGCGACGGAUGUAGUUUUGAGAAGUCUUUCGUCUGCGACUCAUCCUUCAAGUAUCCAGAGCAUAUUAACAACCUCCCCGUUUACUGUUGUAGAUGUUGAUGUAUGCCUGAGGAAUCCAUGUGACGAGAAUGCUAUGUGUAGAAACGGCAAGGGAUCUUACUCUUGUUCCUGCAAGGAGGGAUUUACAGGGAACGGGUUGUCUUGUCAAGAUGUCGAUGAAUGCUUGAACAAUCCAUGUGACAAGAAUGCUAUAUGUACAAACACCAAGGGAUCUUACUCUUGUUCCUGCAAGGAAGGAUUUACAGGGAAUGGAAAGUCUUGUCAAGAAAUAAACGAGUGCGCUCCCUCACCGUGUCGGCAAGAUCAGGUUUGUGACGACUUCGUUGGAUAUUAUAAGUGCAGAUGCCGACCGGGACUAUCUCAAAAAGAAAACAGUGGCAUCUGCGAAGCUGCUGAGACAUAUGGAGGACUAUUGAAAAUAACUGGUGGCAACUUCUCAACAUUUACACCGGCUUUGGAGGAUAGCACCUCCCCUGAAUAUAACGAGCUGGAAUUCGAAAUAAUAUCUGCGGUGAACGAAACUUACAGGAACUCGGAACUUGCAUCAACCUACCGAGGGUGUGAAGUUCUUGGAUUUAGAAAUGGCAGCGUGAUAGCUGAUCUUCUUAUACACUUUGAGCCAACUGAAAAUAACACCGUGCUUUCCACGGCUAGAAGGAUUUUAACAGAAAGUGUCGACAACACAGGGAAUACUUCCAGCUUUAGGACGUUGAGACCUGACACUGUUAUUGUAAGGGAUUAUGACGAAUGUCAAGAUGAGAAAACAUAUGAUUGUGACCAAAAUGGCAUCUGCAAAAAUACAGUGGGAUCAUUUGAGUGCUUCUGUAAAGCGGGUUAUACUGGAAAUGGCAGAAAGUGUCAAGAUAUUGAUGAAUGCAAAAAUGCAUCGCUACAUCACUGCAACUUCACUGGUCCUGGAGUCACGUGUCUGAACACACUUGGAUCAUACCAGUGCAUAUGCAAAGAGGGAUACUCCGGCGACGGUGUCAUGUGUAACGUUACCAAUCCCUGUACGUCGAGAACCCACAACUGUCAUCCGAAUGCAACGUGCUACUCGUCUCCAGGCUAUGCAUUUAGGUGCAUCUGUAACGAAAAUAAUAACUACUAUGGAAAUGGAACACAUUGCUUUGCGGGAUGUCCUUUUCACCACUGUGAAAAUGGAGGAACGUGCAUUAUUUCGACAGUGGGAAACAUUUGCAGAUGUCCGCGAGGUUUCUAUGGUAAUAGAUGUGAAUUAAGGGAAGAAUUUACCAGUUCUCCUCCCGCUGACCCAGUCAAUAUGUGGUUAUUAGUGGCAAUCUUUGCCUCGGUUUGUGGGACAUUGUCGUUCGUUUUACUGCUCGCCAUCAUUUGCUACUGCAGAAGGCGACGUGAUGAGGAUGUGCCUGAGGAUUCUCCCUUAACACCUAGUAAAUAUCGCCCCACUCGCAAAUCUAGAGCGUUGUAUAUUGAAACAAUCGACGAAGAUUUCACCAUUCCGCCCAGACGAUUAAGGGCAACUCCUCCAUCUGCGUCUUUCCGUGAGGUGGCUAGUGGACUGGGGGCGGCUAAUCUCGCCAUGGAACAGCUUUCGAGAGUGGGUCAACAGCAAUCCAAGGCUGCACAGGCCAGGAGCACUCGCCAAAACUUGAAACCUUCUAGUGAUAUUCUCGUCUUUGAUGACUUUCUUGGAAAUGUAAAGUCUUUUGAAGAUCUCAGCGGUUCGACUGAUAGCUAACAGUAACGUGUCAAGGUUCUUGGAACGACCUUUCAACUGGUUCUUAACGCUCGACCAACACUAACUUCUAUGGCAGGGAUUGGGAGUUGUAAAAUGAAUUGUCUUAACAUUGUUGUGUUCAAGGGGAUUAACUAUGAUCAGGGGUAAAAACCUUUGAAUUAGAAGAACUCGCGCAUAAGAAGAUAUUUUUCAAGUUAAUUUUGGUGGGAACAACCGACAUAAGAAUAGUUAUUUUAA